CUCAAGCCUCACUCUGUACGAGAGUCGCGCAAUCUGCAGGUACCCUCGCACGGUAGUACUACUUCCCACUUCUUCCUCCAGAGUCGGAUGUUGACGCGAUGGCACAGGUCGAUCAAGCGCAGCGCUCCGAGAUGCUCUACUUCGGAGAGCCAGCAGGCAGAAUCGCAUUCGAGAAGUUCGCCAAGAAGUUCACCGGGUUGCCUACUGACGAAGCGGCGGUUGUGGAUGCACUGAAUUCAGUUGAGAAAUUCUUCGAGGUUGCAGAAUGACUGUUGCAGAAUCGAUCUUACAUGGCUGGGAAUCAGUUCACUCUUGUGGAUAUCUAUUACAUCCCGUUAAUCCAGAGCCUCUUCGCUUGCGGGUAUGAAGAUGUCGUUAUCAGUCGCAAAGCCGUGAAGGCUUGGUGGGUUCGUAUCAUGGACCGGCCAGCCAUACAGAAGUUGUUUGCUGCUGACAAGGAGGCGAUGGCGACUGCUGCGGGCAGAAAAGAGUAAACAGUGACGGAUUCGGCGACUAUGUGAUUGAAAUCAGGGGACAUUGAACAAAACCUUGCUGUCAUGUGGCUUGCGGACUAUAGCUGGCAGCAUCAUUACCAUACUCUCUUCCAUAGACUACGG